AAUUCUCGGACGUUGCGUUAUUAUGGGAAAAAAUUGAUUGUCAUGGAAAGCUUAGCCAAGUAUCUUUAAUUGUCUUCCUUGAGAGGCUCUGUGAAAAUCGUAGUGGAGAUUCUUGCACCUUUUAUCUCGUGUGAGCGAGUGGGAUUCGUACAUGUGUGCAAGAGGCAAUGUGCUUUGCAUAUGUAUAAGGGAGAAAAACAUGAUCUCCCCAAUCAAGUCGCAGUCUUUUGAUUCCAGAGGAGUAUUUUCUCAGACAUCUCUUUCUUUUUUGUGUCAAUCAUUUUAUCUGGUUUGGGAUUUCAGAAAAUGAUGGAUUCUAAGUAUUCAGAGGUACCCAGACAGAGAGACUUACCUGGUGCUUUGGCCAUGGGCACAGUGAAGAAUCAGAAAGUACUGCCGGUGUCUGAUCCCUCAAAGGGUGAAGAAAGCCGCAGUAAAGGCUCGGCCAUGACCAGAAAAGGAGCCUAUGCUGCCAUCUCUUACAUGGCCUCUGCAGUUCUCUUGAUAAUGUUCAAUAAAGCAGCCCUUUCUUCUUACAAUUUCCCACGUGCAAAUGUCAUCACACUUUUUCAGACGCUAUCUUCAUGUUCAAUUCUCUACGCGAUGAAAUGCUGGAAGAUCAUUUCUUUCACAAUGGAUGAAUCACAAAGCAUUACAUACAACCCAGCAACCCUUGUACCAUUUAAGACAUUGGCUCAAACUCUCCCUCUUGCAAUAUCAUAUUUGCUUUACAUGCUGGUCUCAAUGGAAUCUGUACGGAGCAUAAAUGUUCCCAUGUACACCACCCUCAGGCGAACCACCGUGGCUUUUACGAUGACUAUGGAGUAUCUCUUGACUGGGCGGAAGCAUUCCCCUUCUGUUGUUGCCUGUGUGGGGAUAAUUAUACUUGGUGCAUUUGUUGCUGGAGCUCGGGAUUUGUCAUUUGAUGUCUAUGCCUAUGCUGUUGUUUUCAUGGCAAACAUCUGUACAGCAAUAUAUCUAGCUUUGAUAGCUCGUAUUGGUAAGUCCAGUGGCCUGAAUACCUUUGGUCUUAUGUGGUGCAAUGGAAUCAUAUGUGGACCAAUCUUGCUGUUCUUGACAUCAAUCAGAGGAGACCUAGAAGUGGCACUAAACUUCCCUCAUAUAUUCUCCCCUGGCUUUCAGGCUGUGAUGCUUCUUUCCUGCAUUAUGGCUUUCUUAAUAAACUAUUGUGUAUUUUUGAACACCACUCUCAAUUCAGCACUCACUCAGACAAUUUGUGGUAAUUUGAAGGAUCUUAUUACUAUUGGGCUUGGCUGGCUACUGUUUGGCGGGCUUCCGUUUGAUUUGUUGAAUGUUAUUGGCCAAUCCCUUGGUUUUCUUGGAUCCUGUUUAUAUGCCUAUUAUAAACUCAAAGGAGAGUAAGUAUAUGAAGCUGCUGCAUGAAAGUUUUCCUUUUACAGGCGGUAACUAGCUCAAAUGGCUCAGUGUUGCUGCUUCUGUCAGCUGCUGUCAAAUUUUGAUCCGAGGAUUAAAGGUUCUUAGGAAGCAUGUGAAAAACAUAUAGAAAUUUCCUUUGCAUUAUAGGACGUUUUUGUUUCAAAUUACAAGACAGGUCCUUUUAUAGUCCACUCCCGUUGCAGGCGAGUUGCAGAUUAGAAUGCAAUACAAAUUCAAUUUUCUUUCCUAUUUAAAUUAAUUAAGACUCAGAGUAAACAUUAAAACUUCAGGUUCUAGUCAAAUUGAGAGAUCAGAUUAUAGAUGACAAAUCUUGACAUCAUCUGUAGUUCUUUUUAAUAUUCAGUGAUCUCGCUAUCUUUUGUAAUCAAUCGUUCAGUCCAGUGUAUUGACUUUUUCUCUUUCUUUCUUACAUCCUUGGGCUGGAAACCUUUUGGCUGAAAACAAAAUUUGAAGAUUGUGGGAUAAAAAUGAUUUUAGACGA